AUGCCCUCCAUAAGCAGAAGCCACAAGGCAGGCCCUGAGAUGGAAGCCAGGCUGCUGAGCACCGUCUGGGGACUCUUCCUGGUGUACGGGCUGCAGGCGGAGUCUAUGAGGGUGGACCUAGUACCAGAGAAGAUUGCAGGAUUCUGGAAGGAGGUGGCUGUGACUUCGGACCAGAACCUGGUGCUGAAGGCUCAAAGGAGGGUAGAGGGUUUGUUCCUCACCUUCAGUGGGAGGAACAUCACCGUGAAGGCUGUGUAUAACAGCUCAGGAAGCUGUGUGACAGAAACAUCCGUGGGUUCAGAAAGAAACAUUGUGGGGGAAUUUGCUUUUCCUGGCCAGAGGAAGAUACACGUGCUGGACACGGACUAUGAGCACUACACCAUCCUGAAGUUGUCCCUGCUCUGGCAAGGCAGAAACUUCCAUGUGCUCAAGUAUUUCACUCGGAGUCUUGAGACUGAGGAUGAGCCAGGCUUCUGGAGGUUUUGGGAAAUGACAGCAGACCGAGGCCUUUACAUGCUGGCCCGACAUGGGAGGUGUGCUGAGCUCUUGAAAGAGGGACUGGUCUGA